UUAUACCUUUCACUUCACAUCCUUUCCUUCUUUAGCCCACACAUCCCCAACCCCCAUUCCCCACUUUCAGAAAAUAUUUUAAAAAACCACACACCACAAUGCCACCGACACUCCACCACCAAACAACCACCCUCAUCCUCCUCAUCCUCCUCAUCCUCCACCUUACCGCCGUCUCCACUCUCCCAAAAUUCCAAGAAGCACCCGCAUUUCGCAACGGAAAAGAAUGUAAAAAUACAAAAAUACACAUAGCAAUGACACUAGACUCCACUUAUCUACGUGGCUCUAUUGCCGGCGUACACUCUGUAGUCCAACACGCCACUUGUCCUGAAAAUAUUAUUUUUCAUUUCUUGACCACUCACCAUCUUUCAUCAACUCUUCACCACACUAUCACCACCACUUUUCCUUACCUUAAUUUUCAUCUUCAUCAUUUUAAAACAGAUUUAGUUAAGAAUAAGAUAUCUAUAUCUAUUCGACGUGCACUUGAUCAGCCACUUAAUUAUGCACGAAUAUAUCUAUCGUAUCUACUUCCAACAAGUGUCCAUCGUGUCAUAUAUUUUGACUCUGAUCUUAUUGUUGUGGAUGAUGUUGUUAAAUUAUGGGAGAUUAACCUUAAUUCCCAUGUUGUUGGAGCUCCUGAAUAUUGUCAUGCCAAUUUUACUCAUUAUUUUACUUCCAAGUUUUGGGCUAAUCCUUAUUUCUCCAGUGUAUUCAGUUCACGCGAUAGGAAACCUUGCUACUUCAACACGGGCGUAAUGGUAAUCGACCUAAUGAAAUGGAGAAAUUAUAAAAUAACCCAAAAACUCGAAAAAUGGAUGGAGAUACAAAAGAAAUAUCGAAUUUACGAACUAGGCUCAUUACCGCCUUUCUUACUAGUGUUCGCGGGCGAUGUUGAAAGGGUAGAGGACCGGUGGAACCAACAUGGGCUCGGUGGAGAUAACGUGGAAGGCUUAUGUCGCAAUCUACACCCGGGCCCGGUUAGUUUGCUACAUUGGAGCGGAAAAGGAAAGCCAUGGUUGAGAUUAAAUUCGAUGAGGCCUUGUCCGUUGGAUCAACUAUGGGCUCCGUAUGAUCUCUUUAAGCACAGGCCGUUUAUUUCGGAAAGAUGACUUGAGAUCUUGGCUGCUACUUUUAGCCGAAAGUAAAGCAUGAACGAGAAGAACACAAGGUAAAAAAGCGAUAAAAAGUGAAAACGUGACGUGUAAAAUAAAGUUUUGGUAAUUGGGAUAGAUUGUUAUGUAUAGUUAUUUGUUAAAGCUAUUAAUUAUUUUAGUACCUACAUACAUAUGAUUAGGGGGUGUCAUAAACAUUCGAAAUCAGAAAACGAUCCGGGAAGAACCAUGGAAUCAAACCAAUUUUUCGGUUAAUCAUAUCAAACCGUUUUUUUCUUUUC